UAGUUUUUCGCUUGUAUCUGAAACUAAUAGCCACAUGGUGGCAAUAGCUCACUUUGGGUGUCACAGCCCUGUGACGGCUGCCUCUAAAUGAGGUCCCAUCCGAAAGCCGGGCCGUCUGAGCCUCACAGGGACCGCCGCACUUGGGAAGUAGAUCCAUAGGGCGACUGAAGGAAAUGGCGUAAAGGAGGAAACGGACCGUUUAAAUGGGAAAUUCGAAGAAACGAAUAAUGCUACCAGCAUGUCUGUGCAUUCCAUGCUGCGCGAACGGAUCGCCGUAGCCCAAGAGCUCAUCAAGAGAGCAGAGGCCCUCUCCAGGUCGAGGAAAGGAGGAAUAGAAGGGGGCGCCAAGCUGUGCAGCAAACUGAAGGCUGAGUUAAAAUUCCUCCACAAAGUGGAGGCGGGGAAAGUGGCCAUCAAGGAAUCGCACCUGCAGAGCACGAAUCUCACCCACCUCCGAGCCGUCGUGGAAUCCGCCGAGAAGCUGGAGGAGGUGGUGAGCGUCCUCCACGUCUUCGGCUACGCGGACGGCUCGGGAGAGAAGCAGACCCUGGUGGUGGACGUGGUGGCCAACGGGGGCCACGCGUGGGUGAAAGCCAUCGGCCGAAAGGCGGAGGCGCUGCACAACAUCUGGCUGGGCAGGGGCCAGUAUGGCGACAAGAGCGUCGUGGAGCAGGCCGAGGACUUCCUGCAGGCCAGCCGGCAGCAGCCGGUGCAGUACAGCAACCCGCACAUCGUCUUCGCCUUUUACAACGGCGUCUCCAGCCCCAUGGCCGAGAAGCUGCGAGAGAUGGGCAUAUCGGUGAGAGGAGACAUCGUGGCGGUCGACUCCCCCGCCGAGGACCCCGAGGAACCCUGGCCGAGCCCCCGGGGGUCCGACGACGAGAGCCCCGAAGUCCUGCAGGCCACCAGGGUGGACCGGGAGAAGGUGGUGGCCAGCGUGGCUUUCCCCACGGAGAUUAAGGUGGCCGUGUGCACCAGAGUGAACCUGGACAUCACCACGCUGAUCACCUACGUGUCCGCCCUCAGCUACGGCGGCUGCUACUUGGUCUUCAGGGAGAAAGUGCUCACGGAGCAGGCGGCGCAGGAGAGGAAGGAGCGCGUGCUGCCUCAGCUGGAGGCCUUCAUGCAGGGCAAGGAGCUGUUCGCCUGCGAAUCUGCGGUGAAGGAUUUCCAGUCCAUCCUCGACACCCUGGGAGGGCCCGGGGAGCGGGAGAGGGCCGCCGCGCUAAUCGGACGGAUCCAGGUGGUCCCCGACCAGCCCUCCGAUCGUGCCUUAAGACUGGUGGCCAGCUCGAAGAUCAACAGCCGCUCCCUGACCGUCUUUGGAACGGGAGACGCGCUGAAAGCUGUCACCAUGACUGCCAACAGCGGUUUCGUCCGGGCUGCGAGUAACCAAGGCGUUAAAUUCAGCGUGUUCAUCCACCAGCCCAGAGCCCUGACCGAAAGCAAAGAGGCGCUGGCUACCCCCUUACCGAAGAACUGUACGACCGACGGCGAGCUCUGACGGUAGCCUACGAUUACUGGGUCGUGGAAAGAAAUCCAGGUUGAAGGCCGAGUGGUCGUCUUCUUCUCUGAGAAGGAAAGGAGGCCUACGGUGUGAAAAAUCAGGUUUUUUUCUCUCGUUUUGUGUGCCGGGACCUCUGUGGAGGAUAUGCUUCAGAAAAUAGAAAAGGGGCAAAGGAGACAGACCUGAUGUGUCCGAAUAUCUAAUAAGAGAUACAGCCAUUGUUAAUGGCCAGAGAAGAACAACCUCACAUGGUCCUUGGUCUUUAUCGGGUUAUUUCGUUGUUGUUUCAGUAGGGCUAUCUCAUCCUUCUUUCCACUGAGAUGAAAAUGUUUCAUGCAGUUUUGUCAACCCCGCAUUCCACAUUAAACGGUCACUUUAAGGACUCAGACGGAG